CAGAUUGACAUAUUUUGAACUCCGGUCUCUGGGAUUGACCCGAGCAACAGCAAUUUUAAUAUUUUUAAUCUGGUCUCAAAUUUUGAUCAAUCUCUAAAAUUACUAAAAUUCUACUGUUUACAUUCAAUUAGAUGGCUGAUUAUCAGUGGCCUUGGGAGUACAAUUUUCCGCCUUUCUUCACCGUUCAAUCUCACGGGAAUACAAAAGAACAGCAGUUAUCGACAUGGAAAUCGCUAAUUCUAGACUAUCAAAAGCACACCAAACAGGUGGUACUAAAUAUUAACGAAGACUGUGCCCCAUUCGCAAAUGAUGCCAUUUCCCGGAAGCUGCCCCCAGAGGGCCGUCUCUGGGUGAUGGAAGCGCUGGAAAAAAGUGCAAAUGCUUCCCCGAUAGACAAGCGGAAACAACAGUGGGAGAUUUACUGGCACACCCUAGACGAGUGGAGUACGCUUCUGCACAGCUGGGCCGUUGCGAACGGGAUGACGAAUACGGUGUGCACCUUAUAUGAGCUAGUAGCAGGAGAUCACACCAUUGGGGAAGAAUUCCACGGGUUAGAACAGGCAGUGUUGAAAAAAGCACUGAAAGUGCUAGAGUCCAGGGGCAAAUGUGAACUUAUCGCAUUCGAUGAUAACGAAGGGGUGAAAUUCUACUGAAAUGAUAUUAUAAAACUCCUUAUAAACUGUGUAAAUAAAUAUGUGUUAUGUGGGAA